UACAAUGUUAAAAGGUCAAGUGUACAUUCAUUCAUUCAUGUAUUCUUCUCUAUAUAAAGAGGUGCUUUCUUUCUUCUUCACAUAUGCCCUUUCAUAUGAGCCAAUGGAGGAGAAAAGUUGUGCGGUUGUUACAGGAGGAAACAAAGGGAUUGGACUCGAAAUAUGUCGUCAACUUGCACUAAACAAUAUCCAGGUCAUAUUAACAGCUAGAAAUGAGAGUCGAGGCAUUGAAGCUACAAAAAAACUCAACUAUUCCUGUCUUCCCAAUGUCGUAUUUCAUCGGCUUGACGUCGAAGAUCCAGCUAGCACAACCCAACUAGUCGAAUUCAUUGGAACCCACUUCAAAAAGCUUGAUAUCUUGGUGAACAAUGCAGGAAUAACAGGAUUCCGUUUUGUUGCUGAUAAAAUAGUAUACAAUGCAAAAGGAGAAGGGCGACUCGACCUACUAUUCGAUGAGAACAAAGAGCCCUUACCUGGUGUCAUAGAGGAGACAUAUGAAAUGGCCGAAAAAUGUUUGAAAACAAACUAUUAUGGAACAAAAGGAGUUACAGAGGCACUUGUUCCUCUUCUCCAACGCUCGAAAUCGCCAAGAAUUGUGAACAUAACCUCUGUAAAUGGACUCCUAUCUUUGAUUCCUAAUGACAAGUUGAAAGAGGAGUUGGAUGAUAUUGACAACUUAACUGAGGAAAGGAUCGACGAGAUUAUUCAAUGUUUCUUGCAGGACUUUAAGGCUGAUAAGUUGCGAGAGAAUGGGUGGCCUCUUGAACCAUCUGCUUACAAACUUUCAAAAUCUGCUAUCAAUGCUUACACAAGACUAAUGGCGAAAAAGUUUCAAAACAGGACUCUUGUGAAUUGUGUUCAUCCUGGAGUGGUUAAAACAGACAUGACAUUAAAUUGGGGAAUAGAUGUGGAAGAGGGUGCGAAGGGUCCAGUGAUGGCUGCUUUAUUGCCUGAUGACGGACCUUCGGGUGUCUACUUCAACCAAACCGAAAUAGCUCCAUUUAAAUGAUCUAAAGAACAUGCAUAUAUUAUGUUCUAUUAUGUUAGAGCAUUCACAUCCAACCCCCCAAAUUAUGUGAGGGGGUAGUGGUUGUAGUUAGUUGUAAGUGAUCAUAAGCAGAGGAGAGAGAAAAUGCUAAUGUUUAUCUGUAAAUUUGAGAUGACACUGUUUACCCUUUAUAAUUUUUCAAUAUAUAUUUGGAAAUAA